AUGGCCUUAAACAAGUUUAAAGCUUCAAAUGGAUGGUUAGAAAAAUUCAAGCAGAGGCAUGAAUUAAAAUUCCGAACAUUGUCAGGCGAAUCCGCAUCUGCUGAUCAUGCGAUAAUUUUGAAUUUUUUAUCAGAAUUAAAUAUCAAAGUUGAACAAUAUGGAAAGGAGAACAUUUUUAAUUGUGACGAAACUUCUCUUUUUAUCAAACUUACCCCACGUAAAUCAUUCGUGAAAACUGGUGAUUCGGCACGGGGCUUUAAAAGGAGUAAAGAUAAAGUUACUCUCCAUCUAUGCUGUAGUUACACUGGAGAAAAAUUUGAACCAUUAAUAAUCGGAAAAUAUAGAAAUCCUAGAUGUUUCAAAAAUUUUCUCCCGAAAUUUAUGGAAUUUUAUACUCUUCGUUCAAAAUGCGUGGAUGACAAGAGACAUUUUUAUAUCCUGGCUCAAAAAAAUUAA